AGAGCGCUGCGCCGGGAGUUCCGGCACCUGUCAGGCCGUUACGCUGAGGGAGCUGCCGCCGCUCCCUCAGAGCACCCUCACCCCGGGCUCUGCCGCCGCCGUGGGAGGGCGGGCGGUCGCCCCAUCUCCCCGCCAUGGAUGCUGUCUCGCCGGGGGAAGUCAGUGUCCAAGAUGAGGCUGUGGACAAAAGGACCUUUAAGAAAUGCAACCAGAUUGCUUUUUACAGGCGUCAGAAACUUCUACCUCCUGGAAAAUCCUUGUAUCGAGCGUUGUUGGAUUCAGUCACGUUAAGUGAUGAAAAUGUCAAAUUCCAAAUUAUUCAUGAGGAAAAUAAGGUUCUUCUACAAGUAGAAAUUUAUGAAAUAGAAGGCAAUAUUUUCAGGCUUAAAAUUGAUGAGGCAUCUCCUCUGAGAGCAAGAUACAAAGUUCCUGAUGUUCUUAUAAAGGAACCUACCACCCAGAGACUCUUCAUAUCGCAGAAGGAGGCAGGUAUUUUGGUGCUGUCAAGUGUUAAUGAGGACUACAAAGUUCAAAUCACAGCAAACCCCUUCCAGGUUGAGCUACAGUCCAAGGGUGAGACUGUUAUAAGCAUGAAUUCCAACGGGUUGUUAUAUUUUGAGCACCUACAACCACCUCCCAGUGACAGAGAACCCACAGCAGAAAAUGAGGAGGCAGCAAGUGGUUCCUCAAAGGAGAAACAAGAGGAUCUAGGUCUCUGGCAAGAGAAAUUUGGCCAUUUCUUAGACAUCAAAGCUCAUGGCCCUAGUUCUGUAGGCAUGGACUUCUCCUUACAUGGAUUUGAACAUGUUUAUGGAAUACCACAACACACAGAAGCACUUCUUCUCAAAAACACCAGUGAUGGCGACGCCUACCGGCUUUAUAAUUUGGAUAUCUUCGGCCACAAGAUACAUGACAAAACAGGCAUUUAUGGUUCUGUGCCCCUUCUCUUAGCACACAAGCCUAACAGAACUUCAGGGAUCUUCUGGCUGAACUCUUCAGAAACGCUGGUGGAUAUUAGUACAAAGGCAGCUGAGCACAAGCCACCUGGAUGUGCUGCAGAGAGUGCUAAGCAGAGAGAAGUGCCUCUCACUGAUGUGCGCUGGAUGUCAGAAAGUGGGAUCGUUGAUGUUUUCCUGCUGAUGGGCCCCACUGCUUUUGAUGUCUUCAAGCAGUUUGCGCAACUGACAGGCACUCAAGCCCUGCCUCCACUUUUUUCUCUGGGCUAUCAUCAGUGCCGGUGGAAUUACGAGGAUGAGCAAGAUGUGAAGGCAGUAGAUGCUGGCUUUGAUGAACACAGCAUUCCUUAUGAUGUGAUGUGGCUGGACAUAGAGCACACAGAUGGCAAGAGGUAUUUUACUUGGGACAAAAAGAAAUUCCAGAACCCCCAAAAGAUGCAAGAACUUCUCAGCAAGAAAAAACGCAAGCUUGUCGUCAUUGUAGAUCCCCACAUUAAGAUUGAUCCCACAUACACCCUGUAUUCACAGGCAAAAGAGAAGGGAUAUUUUGUGAAAGACAGAAAUGGACAAGAUUUUGAGGGCAUCUGUUGGCCAGGUUCCUCUUGUUACCUGGAUUUCACCAAUCCUGAAGUGCGAAAAUGGUAUGGAGACCAGUUUGCCUUCAAAACAUACAAGGGAUCCACUAAUAUCCUCUUUGUGUGGAAUGACAUGAAUGAGCCUUCAGUCUUCAAAGGGGCAGAACUAACAAUGCAGAAGGAUGCUGUGCACUACAACAACUGGGAGCAUCGAGAAGUACACAACCUCUAUGGCUUCUACCAGCAAAUGGCAACUGCAGAAGGACUCAUCAGACGUUCUUCAGGAAAAGAGAGACCAUUUGUCCUCACCCGAUCUUUCUUCGCUGGAUCACAGAAGUAUGGGGCAGUGUGGACUGGAGACAACAGGGCAAAGUGGGCUUACUUGAAAAUCUCCAUUCCAAUGCUUCUCACCAUCAGCAUGGCAGGGAUUUCAUUCUGUGGAGCGGAUGUGGGAGGGUUUAUUGGAGAUCCAGAACCGGAAUUACUUGUUCGCUGGUAUCAGGCUGGAGCCUACCAGCCCUUCUUCAGAGGCCAUUCUAUCAUGAAGAGCAAACGGCGAGAACCGUGGCUCUUUGGGGAGAAGAACACCCGGAUCAUCAGGGAAGCCAUCAGAGAGCGCUACCUUCUCCUGCCGUACCUGUACACACUGUUCUAUCGGGCACACACAGCGGCUGAGCCCGUCAUGAGGCCUCUCUGGGUAGAGUUCCCAGGGAAAAUAGAAACUUUUGGUGUGGAAAAUGAGUACAUGCUGGGAAACGCUUUGUUGGUGCAUCCAGUCACAGAGCAAGAGGCCAAGGCAGUGAGUGUUCUCCUUCCAGGGACACAGGAGAUUUGGUAUGAUUUCAGAAAAUUUAAACGAAUGGAAGAUCCAGGCACACUGAAGAUCCCAGUAACACUGGAGAAUAUUCCUGUAUUCCAGCGGGGGGGCACUGUGGUACCUCUGAAGACCACGGCUGGAAAAUCCACAGAAUGGAUGAUAGAUAUUCCCUAUGAACUCCGCGUGGCCCUGGACACAGAGGCCUGUGCAGUAGGUGAGCUCUACCUAGAUGAUGGCCAUUCGUUUCAAUAUCGUGACAAGAAGCAGUUCCUGUAUCAGAAAUUCACUUUCCAGAAGAACAUUCUGUCUUCCAGGAGCACAGGUGAAAGUGGACAAUACCACACUACCUGUGUGGUUGAACGGGUGAUAAUUCUGGGAUUUGGACAGGACCCCACUUCUGUGACAGCCUCUUCCAAGGGUGGGAAAGAAAAAAAAGUGGUUUUCACAUACGAUAUGAAGACCUCUGCACUGACACUGGAAAAUUUAGCCCUGAGAGUAGAUGCUGACUGGGCGAUUCGCAUCAACUGAAGAGAGACACGACUUCAUCAGAGAAUUUAUUG